AUGUUUUCCGCAAAGUCUUCGGCGCCAGCGACUGGAGGGUUGACAGUCAACACCUCCGCCGCAAAUUCACUCUUACCCGACGGCUCUGCUUUCUCUCCAAUUUGUUCGGGCAUUGCAGGCACAAUCAGAAUCAUGGGGUUGAGGAAAAGAAGAACUGCAAAGUCCAAGCAGGACAAUGAAGAGGAUGAUGAAUUUGCUGACUUUGAGACACUGUUGAAACGCAUGACAUCGAACAGUGGCAGUUCCAAUGCUCAAACCACUUCUUCUACAAGUCAACCGACCACCACGAGUACAACCGGGAGUACAGGAGGCCUUUUCGGAAACUUGGGUAGCUCAACCAGUCAGUCUAAACCUGGCGGGGGAUUGUUUGGCAGUACCACGAGCGGGACUACACAGGGUCAGAGUGGACAAAGCUUGUUCUCGGGGUUGGGCUCGAACACCACAAGCGGAGCGCAGCAAAGUGGGACGACGACGACAACGACAUCGCAGCCACAGUCUGGAAGUUUAUUUUCGGGCCUGGGAGGAACUUCUACCAGCAAUACGACGCAGCAACAAAGCGGGGGGAGUCUGUUUGGAAAUCUAGGAACCUCGUCGACGACCCAGACUCAAUCGAAAUCCCUCUUCGGCGGCCUUGGGAGCUCAACUACUGGAAGCAGCCUCUUUGGAAAUCAAAAUACUUCUCAACAGCAGCAGCAACAACAACAGCAACAACAAAAGCCAACACUGUCUCUCUUUGGCAAUCAAAAUACUGGUACAUCGCAACAGCAACAGCAAGCGUCAGCCGCGACCGGAACCGUCGUUCCCGGUGUCAAAGUCGAUGUCAGCAACUUGCUACCCACAACCAAGUUCGAAAGUUGUUCGGACGAGUUGAAGAAGCAAAUUGAGGCCAUUGAUACUUUCAUCCUUAAUCAAAUCCACAUGUGCAAUGAAGUUUCGGAUCUCCUGCCCACAAUUGCCAACCAAGGAGCCACCAUCCCCAACGAUGUUGAGUUCGUGCAAGGCAAGCUCGAUACAAUGCAGCAUGCACUGGAAAACGAUGCCGGAGAUAUUGAUCAUGUGCGGAAAUUGGUGUCCCGUGAUGCUGCUGAGGCACAGGUUGCUUUUCGUGCGAUCGAUAAUCUGAAGCUUCCGCUUCAAUAUCAGUCUACGGGUGGAGGAUGGUGGUCAGUGUCGGAGCAACAACUUGCCGAACGACAGUCACUGCGUUCAUCGAUCAGAAAUAGGAAGAGCACCCUCGCUCUCCCGGAUGACGUGGAAGCUGAUCCUUCGACGGUGACGUCCGUGAACGGGGUUCCUGUGAACCUUGUUGAUUACUUUUCACACCGGGCUGACGAGAUGCGAUCCGUGCUUGACAGCUACAAGCGGAAUCUCAAAGAGAUCGAAGACCAUCUGCACGGUGUCGAGGCCACGCUGAGCAGGCAGAUUAACGAAUUUGUCGCCUCGCGGAACCGGGACGGCACAGCAGGCACCUCAGGAGCGGCCAAGUCGCAGCUGAACGACCUCGCAGCUGCUCUCAGUGACGUGGAGGCAGGCAUAUUUGGUGUUGCCAGCAGGCUGGGUGGCGUCAAGGAAGAGGUGCAGGAAUUGGUCUUGGGGCCUCCAAACGGAGGUCUUGGACUGCGGAUUGGCGGUUCCGGUAACUGCGUGGUUCUGGCGUCUUGGAUGCGGAAUUCUUUUUGCAUGUUAGAAAACCGAGUCCGGCAAUGUCUGAUUAAUUUGCAUAGGCUUCGUAAUGACAGGCUUUGA